GUCAGCGCCCAAUGUUAUUGACGUGGAAGACCAAGUUAAUCAACAGAACAAGAUGAAUGAUGAAUUACAGUUUCAAGAUUUCCCACAUGAGGUUAAGGAAUCAGGAGAAGGACAAACCCACACGUUUGUCGACUUUCCACACUCUGCUAACUCUGACGAUGAAGAUAGUGAUAGGACAGAGCUGCUCAAGGAGGAGAAGAAGCCGGCUAAUUUCUGGACGUUUGAGUACUACCAGCAGCUGUUUGAUGUCGACACUCAUCAAGUACUGAGGAGAAUUCUCGGCUCCAUGACUCCCAUUCCCGGUCGCAACUAUCUCACACACCACAUCAGACCUAACCCAGACCUUUAUGGUCCAUUUUGGAUAUGCACAACGCUGGUGUUCACAACAGCUAUAGCCGGUAACCUAGCCAACUACUUGCAGUCUGCCAACAUGGGCUAUCAGUGGCGAUACAACUUCCAGAAAGUUACGUUUGCUGCCACAGCUAUUUUCUGCUACUGGUGGCUGCUGCCACUGGCGCUGUUUGGGAUGAUGUGGUGGAGAGGAAGUCGGGCUAACUACAGUUUCCUCGAAGUGAUCAGCGUCUAUGGAUACUCGCUGGCCAUCUACAUUCCGAUUUCUAUUCUGUGGGUGAUACAGGUCGGUUGGUUACAAUGGCUGCUCGUUGUCGUGGGAACGGUGUUGUCUGGAUCUGUCCUUCUCUUCACCUUCUGGCCAGCCUUUAAGGAAGACACCAUGCGGGUUGCAGGUCCAGUAAUGGCAGCCAUCUUUAUCUUUCAUGCAGCUUUGGCAGCUGGCUUUGUGCUAUAUUUUUUCUACGUGCCAGCAGCAGCAUCUGUGUCUCCUAUGCAAAACAUGACAACUACAACGCUUUCCAACAUUGAAAAUAAAUUUACAGCUUUACCUAGUCGAAAAGUGAAUCUAACGAGAGCAGCAGAGAGUGGUCUUCCAGGGACAAUGCAAAAAAUGUCAGAAAAUCGGCGGUCGCCUGAGACGAGUAUAAGCCAUGCAGCAAAGAAUGAGAGCCCUAGGAACGUGCAAACUCAACAAGGACAAAAAAUAUCUCCUUUCAAGCAAAGUGACAAACUGUUGCCAAAAACUACAAAAAGACAGUCUAAAAAUAUAAAGAUUGCAAUUCCUCCUUUAAUACUGACAUAAAACUGUGGAUGGGUGGACAAAAUGAAACAAAUCCAAGUCUGAGAUAAAAGGUGAAACAUUUUAAAAAGAGGCAUUUUGUUAAAGGAUAAAACAAAAAGUAAGAUCGAGUGACAUUCAGUUAUAUGUUCAGAGCAUUAUCAUCAAGUAUUCCAAUGUUAUAACUUAUACAGGCAUAUGCCAAUUUUGUGAACCAAAAGACAUUAUACAUUUUGUUGUACUUGUUAAUUUUAGGCUAAGUGUCUACCAUAUCUUAUAUUAACAAAAGUUGAUCAAAAUGAGCAUUAAAGUACAUGAUUGGCACUUGCUCUGUUCCGCCUGGAAACUGAUAACAAAAUUAAACUACACAGACAGGUAGGAAAUUUUUGGCUCAUGGGUUUUUAGUGCUUGGAAAUAUAAUGCAGUGUUAUAAUUGCAUCACUCUAUAUUUUUAAACUAUUGUAUUUUGUUUAUAUUGCUUCGACAAUUGAUUUGAUCUGCAUGGUAUUCAAGCAGGAGUUUGAGAUAAACUUUCAUGGAAAAAAUUUGAAAAAUCUGAUAACAUUUGGUGAUAUUAAAUUUUGUUGCUUGCUAAAAAGGAGGAAACCUGAAAACAUGAAUCUUCAUUUCUAAAACAGAACAAGGAGGAGGUUAAUAUUCCAAUGUUGGACAAAUGUUUGAGAAAGUCACAAGCCCUCACAGAAGCUUUGGCUAGUGCCCUAUGUAUUAUAGUAAUAUAGUUGAUAAUCUACACUAGCUCUCACAGAAGCUUUGGCUAGUGCCCUAUGUAUUAUAGUAAUAUAGUUGAUAAUCUACACUAGCUCAGACCAAAACCUCACUAGCCAGAACCAUGGGCUAGUGCAUUUGUCGAACCCUGAAUAUUUUUUGAAAGGAAAGGAAAGGAAAUGUUUUAUUUAAUGACGCACUCAACACUUUUUAUUUAUGGUUAUAUGUCGUCGGUCUUUGAAAGGAGAGUUUGAAGAAAAAUGAAUGUAUUUGAAGAGGAAGCCUAAUCAUUUGUUUUCUUCACCUAUCACAAAUGUAAAGACUUGUUAGCAGUUCAAAAUGGUAUUAGUACUGAACCAUAAUAACUAUCUGUAUAUAGAAUACUGUGAUACCAAGCUCUGCUUGUAUGUGGUGGCAAUUUGUGGGUUGUUUGUUUAUGUGUAUAACUUUCUAUUUAAUAUUAUUUAUUAUCUCACCUUCACGAAGUAAAAAGGCGAGAUAUAGGUAUUAUUUUCCAACAGUAUCAGCAGGGGCUUCAACAUUAAAUGGACGGACCCUAGUUUUUAAACACUAAGGUAUAUGUUUUCACUACUAGAGCCGUUUAGGAUCACUGAAAUCAAACAUCACAUAUAUUUUAUUCUUUAGAUUAUCCAUUUCCGUACAACCAAAGUGUUUCUGGUCAGGAAACACCACAAAAUGCAUUUUUCAUAUUUUUAAAAAUGCACGUGCAUCUGAGAAGUAACUGUUGUGGAGUCGCUUUAUAGUGUAUUUUUAAGGAUAUUUCAACAUCACAGACUCUUGUUUCACUCUGUUGUAUCCUAAUUUGUUUCAGGUCUGUAAAUUAACAAAACUUAGUUUUGAAAUUAGGGUCUAGGUGAAAAUGUUGACUUGGUGUUUAAAAAGUAGGGUCUGUGCCUUUAAUAUUUCACAUUUCGAUUAGUUUCUAGGUCAGUGCAACUUGGUUUGUUGUGGCACCUAUCAAUGUUAAUAACACUGCACUAAAAACUGUUUUAUGGUAGACGAAACAUUUCAUUCCACUGAAUUCCUUUGUUGUAUUUUAUUGGUGUCUUUGUUUCUAAGCUAUAGAAAUGUAUUAGGUUGUUGAUUAUAGUGUUAUUGUGUUUUGGAUUGUGAAAUGAGGGUUAAAUUAUUUUGCAGUCAAUUUUGUUGCUUAUGUCUUGGUAAAUAUAAAUAUUGAGGUCUCUAUGAAGUAUUUGGAAAGCAUUGAUUUCAUGUUGAUAUAUUUAAUUUUUAUCUGUGAAAAUAUUCUCAACUGCUUAAAUAUUUUGUGUGUUUGUGUGUGUGUGUGUGUGUGUGUGCAUGCGCACGUGUGUGUGUGUGUGUGUGUGUGUGUGUAAUAUAUCAAGAAUGUAAUGCAUCAAGAAUUGGGUGUAUAUUUUACAACAGUAAAUAAAAAAUUAGAUGUAGAGAAUAUCAUAACAUUACUUAGAAAUCAUCAAUAAAUGUUUAUUGUAAAUAUAUCUCAUCAUUUGAUUCAUAAAUAUAGCCACAUUUCCACAUGUUUGUGAUGUAGCAUGUAGCAUGUGUUGUCACUUGUUUAAAAUGUAUAUAUUUUUGGUCACCAGGCAGAUACAUUUUCAUCAGUCAUUGUGCAUCGGUUCACAUUUUUUCCUUCUUCCCCAAAACUACUUGAUCAAUGUCAACCACAUUUUGCAGGAAGCUUCCUUGGAACAUGAAGAAACACAUUUUUAAAUUUGGUCAUUCUGACCCCCCAGGAGCCUGAGGAGUGUGGCCCAAAAUGGAAAAAUAAAAAAAAUUAAAAAAAAAUAUUAUUCUCGGUUUCCAGUAAUGCUAUAACCAAUUAUAUAUAAAUGUCUAUAGAUGAUUUAUAAAAAUAAAAAAAAUAUUAUAAA